GCAGCUGUGCAUCCUAUCACUGAUGAGAUACGAGAGAGGGUGGAAUUAUUGCUUCAGACAACAGAAAACUUGCAAGUUGUUGCAGGAUCUUCAGGUGCUGUCAAUGUUAUUGUGCAAAUGCCACUGCUGCUUCAUCAGAGGUUACCCUCACCUGUAUUGCCGACUGCAAUGUCGGCAACACGUAGCAUGCAGACAUCCUCUAGUGCAUGUCAUAUUGGGCCACCCACUGUUGGAGGAGAUGUACAUGAGGAUGUGCCAGAGACGACUACUGCUGGUAACAUACCAUCAUUUCCUGGAUCUUCUCGUAUUGCUAGUACGGGAACGUUGCAGGCCACAUUGGUGGUGAGCGACGAAGAAAUGAUUCCCUUAAAGAUACAAAAGGUUCUAGGCAAUGAUAUUUUCUAUAAACAUCUUAGUGACAUUGCAUUGCAGAUAUUUGGGCCCACCAUACGUAAAAGGUGGAAUGACCAAGAAAAAAGGUUAAAAGAUGAAUUGACAAACCAAAUGGUUGAGUGGUUUGAAAAUGACACCUUUGACAAAACCAAGCUUCUUGAUAAAGGUGGCACAUAUCUAAAGUAUGUGAGGGACCAAUACAGGACCCAUUUGAAGAGGAACCUAAAGUACGAGCGUCCCCCCAUGAUUCCAGAGAGGGAGUGGAAGGACCUGAUUUUGGAUGCCAAGGAGAGAAUUGAAAGGAAAAAAGGAAAUACACCACUAGACGCUAGAAGAAGACUGAGUGACAUGUCAAAGGCAACCAAGGCAAGGCAAGAAAAGCACGGGCAACACAAACUCGGCUCUGGUGGUUACAUGAAACUUGUUGCACGAAUUGCUCUGAAUUCAAUAGAGAGCACACAGAAGAUGACAAGAGAAUUGCCUACCAGCAAGGCUAUUCAGUUGUGGCUGAUCCGCUACGAGAAUUGAGUGGGCAUACACAACAUUUGAGUGCAUCCGUCACACAGGUAAAUAUGCUAAAUGGAAGUUGUUUCAAAUUGAAUACUUUACCAAUAAUCUAAUUGAUGUUGAGUUCCAACAUAAAGUGACUACAUUUGUUUUAUAUAAGCAAGCAAUGAUAACAAUGUGCAUGUCAUUGGAAUGCAACCUACUAAUUGUGAAACACCACCUGCACAUGAAGGUCCGGAUGUGCAUCCCAGUAGUGGAGAGCAUGUAGUCAGUGGUGAGCAAGUGGAGCAUGAUCUGGGUACACAACAUCAAGAACAUGAUGUUCCCCACUUAGGCAAAGAGGACCACUGUUAUUGCUUUAAACAGAUGUAAUUGCAAUUGGUGUUCAACAUUAAUGUAACCUUUAGUAUUUCAACUCUAGAUAAUCUAGAGGGUGUUCAACAUGUUGAGGUUGAGGCUACACAAAAUGAUGUAGCCCCAUCAGAGGACCCCCCUUCGCUUCAGUGUCUUCGUCCUCAGUUUAGGACUAGGCACACAUCGAGAUCACGAGCAGUUGGCGAAACAUCUGCAGAGGGGGGAAAUGAUAAAGAAACCGAUGUUCCACUUAGUCUUUUCAUAGCUUCAAAGAAAAAACAAAGAAAGAAAUGAUUGUAAUCUAACUUAUUUGAUAAUGACUGAUUUUUAUGUGUUAGUGAAUGUAAUUAUGUGAUAAUUAAUGGUUAUGGAUGAUAUGUGUUAAUUAAUAUUG